AUGGCUGCUCCUUCUGACAGUACGGUCUUUCGGGCCACCACCACAGCCCCAGUCAAUAUCGCUGUUAUCAAAUACUGGGGUAAAAGGGACGCCACUCUGAACCUGCCUACGAACUCCUCUCUCUCCGUAACACUCUCGCAGCGUUCUCUGCGCACCCUCACCACAGCCUCAUGCUCUGCCAAGUACCCAACUGCCGACGAGCUUACCCUCAAUGGCAAACCUCAAGACAUCCAGUCCUCCAAGCGUACCCUUGCUUGCCUUUCGAAUCUGCGUUCUCUCCGCCAGGAACUUGAAGCUGCCGACUCUUCUUUGCCGAAACUGUCUACUCUCCCCCUGCGGAUCGUUUCCGAGAAUAACUUCCCCACCGCCGCUGGCCUCGCCAGUUCCGCCGCCGGUUUCGCAGCGCUCGUCCGUGCUGUCGCAGACCUUUACCAGCUUCCGCAAUCCCCUCGUGACCUCAGCCGCAUUGCUCGCCAGGGAUCUGGUUCCGCUUGUCGGUCUCUGAUGGGCGGAUAUGUGGCCUGGCGCGCCGGAACUCUUGCCGAUGGUAGCGACAGCUUGGCUGAGGAGGUCGCUCCCGAAUCUCACUGGCCUGAGAUGCGUGCGCUCAUCCUGGUCGUUAGCGCUGAGAAGAAGGAUGUUCCCAGUACGGAAGGUAUGCAAACCACCGUUGCUACUUCCAAUCUCUUCACAACCCGCGCGGAAUCUGUUGUGCCCGAGCGGAUGGCAGCUAUUGAGACUGCCAUUCAGAAGCGGGAUUUCUCUGCGUUCGCAGAGAUCACCAUGCGUGACUCCAACGGCUUCCACGCCACCUGUCUCGACUCCUGGCCUCCCAUCUUCUACAUGAACGAUGUCUCCCGCGCCGCUGUUAGGCUCGUCCACGAUAUUAACCGUGCCGUCGGUCGUACGGUUUGCGCUUACACUUUUGAUGCUGGUCCGAACGCAGUCAUCUACUACCUUGAGAAGGAUUCUGAACUCGUUGCUGGUACCGUCAAGGCUAUCCUGGGCGCCAGCAGUGAGGGCUGGGAUGGUCCUUUCUACGAGCCCCUCAAGAACCUCACCGCUCCGGGUGUGGCAUUGGAUAAGAUGGAUUCUAGGGCUGUCGAUGUGCUCAAGGAUGGUGUCAGUCGUGUGAUCUUGACUGGUGUCGGUGAAGGUCCUGUCAGUGUCAACGACCACCUUGUCAGUGAGGCGGGCGAGAUCCUUUCCAACUAA